AUGCCAGUUGUGGGUGUUGCUGAGCGACAAAAAGAUAAUGGUUCGUCCGAAUGCUGUCGGUCCCAAGUGCAUGCUCUUCUUCACCGCCUCAGAGAGGCGGAUUACAAGCAGACGAGGGUAUUUGUUGCGAGGGCAAGAACGGCAUCUCAGACAGCCAUGUCAGCUCCCGAGACCAACCGGGUCUCGACUGAGGGGUGGCGGAUGUUUCGGGGGGCCAUAGCAAGUGGACAGACAAGCAGAGAACUGACUGUAUGCACAGUCAUCGGUAUCGAAGGUGCGACUGGCUUUUCCGAGACCCGCCUGUGCUACGCAUUCUCUAAAGCAGACGAGCCAGCCCGGCGCGAACAAUGGACAACGAAUGCCAAAAGCUCAACUAAUACGCGAUGGUGGCCACCGCCAACACUUUGCCGCGUCGUAUCCGUUCACGACCGGUCUGGCCGGGACGGUUCGUCUCUCCCAACAAGCGGUCAGGUGAAAAGUGGCUCACAUCCUCUGGUGAAGGUAGUAAAAACAAAUGACUCGACAAGCCUGACUGCUCAUUGA